ACCCCUCCGAUCACACCACCGCCAACAUCCUCAACUCCAUCAACACAACCUGGGUCACCUCCUCGCUCGCCAUCCCCAUCCUAACCUGCCACCUCCUGCAAGACCUCUACACGCACGCCGCGCAUCUCCCCGCCCUCACCUAAGAAGCAGACUCUGUCCCCCUCGACGACACCGCCGAGAUCGCCGCGCAGCUCGACAAGCUCCCCCUGCUCGAAGCAUUCGCCAUGGAGUCGAUGCGCACGAAAUGCUUCCAGGCGAACACGUGCCACCGCGUGGCGGUGAAGCCGUUCGAGUUCUCAGACGGGCACACAGCGCGCGUUGGCGAUGCCGUGGAGUUUAAUCAGCACGCAGUGCUGAGCGAUGCGGUGACGUAUCCUAAUCCGAAGGAAUUCGAUCCGGGGCGCUUUCUAAACAAGGGGAGGAGUGUUGUUGAUACUGGGAUUGGGUGGCCGUUCUGGGGCGUGCCGAGGAUGCUGUGCCCGGGUAGGUGGCAGGUUGCGAAUGUGACGAAGCUGGUGGCGGUGUAUUUGCUGGCGAAUUUUGAGUGCAGGGUGGAGGAUACGAGGGGGAUGAAUUUUGAGUGGAGGGAUGCGCUUGUGCCGAAUGCGAAGACAGUGCUGUUGAUGCAGGCUAGGCAGAAGGAGUAA